AUGUGGAACGGAUCUGGAGUUCUGGAGACUGUUUUGUCGGAGGUGGUCUGGGAUGAACGGUACGCCAUCCCAGAGCCCAACGCAGAAAACAGGGCUUUGAUAGAAGAGACUCGUAAAAAAGAGAAGCAGUUAGCUGGACUGGAUCGCCAAAUUGAGAUAAACACGGAGAAAAGACAGUACUCGGCCGUAUACCUCAAAAAUCUUAAACAAGAGGUCGAAAAUUCUGCGCUGGUGUGGGCUGCUGACCCUGAAAAACAGGAACCGGCUGCAGGGCAUCACUACAGUGACCUGACUGUGUUGGACCAGAGGUGGACUCUGAAGGAGGCUCAGUCAGGUCUUUGUAAGGCCAUAGAGAGAGAGGAGGAGUUGGAGAAACACCUGUCAGCCCUGGCAGAACGAGAGCAUGGUCAACUUGGUCAGCGGAUCACCAGGAUGAAGAAUGACCACAGAGCUUUAGCAGAAAGGAAGAACGUGAUAGAGAACCAGAGUUUCAAGGCAAGACAGAAACUGGAGGAGUUCAGGAACCAGAUGGAGUGGGACCAGCAGACUAUGGAGGCCUUUCUAGAAGAGUCCAAGUGUAAAGAUGAGAACACUAUGGCUCUCAUCAAAUACGCCCAGCAAGACGAGCAAAGGAUCAAGUCACUUACUUUGGCAAUUGAGAAAAAGACCCUGGAGGCCAACGCAAAACUCAAAGCAUUUGAAACAGAGACAACGGAGACUAAAUCUGCACAGGUUGCGUUGGAUAAGACUACAGAAAAUUUGCAGCAGGCUCAUCAGGAAAUGCAGCAGCUCAUCCACCAGUGGGAAAAUACCAUCAAGCAGAUGAAGCAAAGAGACGCUGAGAUGCAGCAGUGUGCACUGCAACUUGCCGAGGCUAAGCAGAGGAUCAGGGAAAAGAAUAGCGUCGUUACGGAGAAGAAGAACUUGCUUGAUACUCAGAAGAACAACAAUAAGGAAACCGAGAGGAAGAUAAGUGCAUCCAACCGACAGGCAGCAAAACUACGACAGGAACUGAAGGAGCAGGAGAAGAACUGCAGCAGGAUACAGGAUGAGCUGAAUAGUUGCAAAAGCGAACUGGACAGAACGACCUCCGACACGGAAUCUGCAACCUCCCAUAUAUCCAGACUGAAAAAAGAAAUCAUGGACAACGAUGACAAACUGAAGGAGGCCAGGGCUUAUAAUGCUGCUCUGGAGGACAAGCUGAAAGCUGUGACUCAAACUGCUUUAAGUGAAGAGGAAAAAGCCACACAGAUGGAACACUUUCUCCAAGACGAGGAACAGGCCAUUAAAGAUUUGGACCUUCAGCUGGCUCAAUGCAGAGAAAAGCUGCUUCACGGCAAACAACACUUACAGGCUCUUAAGGUGAAAGAGAAAGACGAUGUUUCCCAGAUUUCAAGGAACAAAACCACCAUUUCCAACCUCAAAAGCCAAUUUAAGAAACAGGAAAAGGAAUUAAUGAAGCAGCAGCUGACUAUAAAUGAACAGAACUGUGUGAUAUUUGGCUUGGAUCGAAAACUGGCGCGGCUGCAAGGUGAUGUCAACACAGACGAAAAACAAAUGCUGGAUAUGAAGAUCGCUGAACUGACAACUGCUCUAGAGGAGAAGAAGAAAACAGCCAGUAUACUUUACAGCACCUUAAAGGACUCUGAGGACGAUAUUCGCAAUUUUAGGAAAGAACUGGAGAAGUCAGAGGCCGAAAAGAAAUACCUGAACGAUAAGGUGGAGGAGCUGAGGCUGCUCUGCAGCUGCAGCGAGAAGGAGCUGAAGACACGCAUCGUCAGGAAACAGGACAAAAUGGUGGAGCACAACAUCAUGAAAAUGGAGGUCAAGCGUGUGAGGGAUUUGUUGUACGACAAGACAGACAGUGUGUUGUCCUUAGAGAAGAGGAAGCUGGAGAUGCAGAAAGUCCUGAAGGAGAGAGAGGAGGAGGUCAAGGAGAAGAAAGAAAUGAUGAACCAGCACAUGAAGAUGAUUGAGCAGGAGAGGCAGAGACUCAGCGCUGAAAUGAGUGAAAAACUAUCAAAGAUUGAUAUGAUGAAGAAACGCUUUGAGAUCCUGUCCAUGUCCAUGGCCCCUCCUGAGGGUGAGGAGGAGAAGUCUCAGGCUUACUACAUCAUAAAGGCGGCUCAAGAGAAAGAGGAGCUUAAGCGGGAGGGGAAUGCUCUGGAUGCCAAGAUCCGCAAUACGGAGCUGGAAAACCGAGCUCUGGAGAACACCGUUCAGCUGUUUGACAACAGUAACUCUGCAUGUCGCACUUCCCUCAACAGAGUCAAAGAAUCCAGUCCAGAGUACCAGGAAAAACUGAAACUGGAAGAACAGCUGAGGGCGGCUGAGGAUACACUGAAGUACAAGAGGAAACAGAUCUCAGAGCUGCAGGAGGACACGCAGGACAUGAGCAGUACCUUGGAGAAUACGAUGCAAGAGGAGCAGGCGGAGAAAGAGAAGCUCGACCACACGCAGAUGCUCAUCAGUUCGCUGAACAAAGAGAUCGUCUCCCAGCUCGAUAAGAUUGACAGAGCCACCAAACAGUGUUCUAAGUUAAGCAGAGAUAUUCGCUCGGCAAAAAGAACCGACACAGAGACGUUUGAGGAGAAGGACAUUAAAGUGAAGGAGCUGAAGGAAUUCAUCAAGAACAUCAACAGGAUGCUGAUUGAAGUGAUGGAGGACAACCCUGAGCUAAGAUCAGUGCUGGAGCGAUACUUCCUGCAGGCCAGUCUUCCUCUGCCGUCUCCAUCUUCUACUCCUGUCAGUGGGCGGAGCUCCAAGACCCUGAGCUCUGCCCGAAGCUCCGCCUCACUCAGGUCUUCUGUGUCCUCCUUCAGCUGCCCCCGGGCGUCUGCAGGCUCCUCCCCCAGGGCAUCUGCAGGCUCCUCCCCUGCAGUGAAGACCGUGGAUCUGGACUUGGAUCUGGCGGUGACCUCCCCUCCUCUCACCACCUCCAGACGCUCCAGCUACGCCAGCAGCAGCAGCAGCAGCGAACAAAAAGCCGGUGACUUCAUGAGAGCAGUGUGGAAUCGUUCCCACAACACAUUUGAAUUUGUCACCGUUCGGCCGUUCGUACCCAACAUGUCUGCGCUGCUGCUGAUCCUGUUGGCCGGAUGUUUGGCUUCAUGUGCCGCACAGACGAUGGGGUUUUCCCCCUCUACCACAGCUACUCCUUUAUCACAGUCCCCACAGCCAACAGCUGUCCAGCCCCUGUUGAAUUCUAACAACGUCUUGGCCAUCCUUCAGACGGCCGUUCGGAGUUCACUUCAGCUGAAUUUAACAACAGCUGAUCCAGUUUUAACCCAGCUUCAACAGUUCAUCCAGGAGCUGCAGCCAAACGUGAGCUUCUCUCUGAGUAUAAAGAACAUCACAGAAGUCUGAGAAACAGUCUGGACUGGACCGCUGGGGCUGCCAUGGAAAACACUACCAUUAUUUUAUCCAUCUGUCCUGAUAUUUUUUAACUUGUAUGAAUGAAACACACAGUAACUGAAUUCAUUUAAAAGCACAGAGUAAUGAUUGAUUUCUUCUAUUUACUGAGGGGCAAAAACACCAUGUAUUGUUCUUUUAUUACAUCUAAAAUAUCUGAACUUGUAUCUAAAAUAUUUUCAGUCUCAGUCUUUUCAUACUUCAAUGAUGAUUACUUUAUAAAUACUGAAACCUACAAAGAUGCACUGCAGGAAGUUACUGUAAAAUGUUUGGUUUUUAGCUUAAAUCUAGAAGACACCUCAGUAAGGAUGUCAGUGUCUGCAGAAGAAAUGUAAAAAUAAAUAAUAAUAGUAUGUAAUAUGAAGCAGAGCUGUGAAAACUGUGUGUAAUUCAGUCCAAAAAAACAAAAAAAUCUAUCAUUUUUUGUUUAUAACAUAUAACUGUUAUUUCUUUUUGGUCAACUUGUUUUUCUGUUAAAUAAAUAAAAGCACUUUUGCACAGAAACUCAAAUAUUGUAACAUAAAAAUAAUGUAAUCAGGUCAUGUUUGUCUUUUCUCUUACACUUCAGCUCUAUUUGCACCAUCCCAAAAAUAUACAUGAAAAUCAACACAGAGAUGCAAGAAAUAACACAAGAAAUAACACAUUUAAAUUAACAUGACACUCUCAAUUAUAUUAUAAUAAUUAAUUUUAGGAUUGAUUCCUAUGGGUCUGUUACUACACUUAUACUAUAUAUUGGAACACAUUGUAUUCAGGUGCUUCAUUGAUAAAAAGGGACUCAGCAACAAAACAAUAAUGAUCAAUGAAAAUUAAUAUUGCCAAAAAUAUCAUUACAGUAACUUUUUUUUAUUUUAUC